GACCAGACAGUGUGACCCCAUCUAACAUCCCUAGCGCAGCAUAAUUGGCUUUAUAGAAGCCGUCCUCAACUACACAGGCAAGAGAGAUAUCUCCAAACACCAUAGUGCCAGGUUGUAAGAAAUGCAAUGACCUUGAUCCUAUAGACCGACAAGAACAAUCCAAAGUGUUUAUUUUGAUUUGAUAAAAUAUGGAAAAAGAAUACGCCAAACUUACAUCCUUUAUUGAGGCCAGAGCUGCAGCACAUCCGAAAUCAAAAUUUCUCGUUGCAAUUGCCGGUGCCCCUGGGUCUGGCAAAACCACUAUCGCCGCAGAAGUUGUUCGGCGUAUCAAUGAAAUACAUCCGCCAAAGCUGCAUUCAGAUGUAGCAGAUGAUACAACACCUGGGGAGAUCCCCCAUGCUGCGCUUUUGUCAAUGGACGGCUUCCAUCUUCCUCGGUCAACACUCGACACGCUACCAAACCGCACAGAAGCGUACGCGCGCCGCGGAGCACCGUUUACAUUUGACUUGAAAUUAUUUUUGGCUUUUAUGACUGCGCUCCGCAAAUGGGGAGAUUGUUCACCUUCGGGAUUGUUGACGAUCUACGCCCCUUCAUUUUCUCACACAAAAAAAGACCCCAUUCAAAACGGUAUAUCGAUCCCUGCAAGCACGUCGAUUCUUAUCAUAGAGGGGAAUUAUCUUCUGCUUAACGAGCCUGGGUGGAAGGAGGUAGCAUCGAUGGUGGAUUUGCGGGUGUUGAUCUCUGCUGAUCUAGCUGUCACCCGGGACCGUGUGGCGCGUAGACAUGUUCGCGCAGGAAUUGAAGGAAGUUUGGAGGAUGCAUAUAGGAGGGUCGAUGGUAAUGAUACUUUAAAUGGGCGAUUAAUUCAAGAGAAAGUGGUGGAUGGGGUGGAUUUGGUGAUACAUUCUGUUGAUGAUGAACAUUGUUCAUUGACGCGUGAUUGAAAUACUUCGAAUUUUGAACAAUAGUACAAUCUAUAAUACAGAGGAUACAUAGCUAUAUGUACCGGUACAUUCCAAAUCCAGAUACAAAAAUUUAUUCUCUUGGUUCUUCGGGCACUCCACCAGACAUACCUCUAGCCCCUCCUGAAUCAUCAGGCGGCUGAGCGACAUUCUGAGACAAUGCACCGAUUUUUUCCU